AUGUUACUUGAUAACGAAAUUGAUAGAGACUUCCAAAUGAUGCUUUUACCUUUGAACAUUCUGGAAUACCUCUACUGCCAACCGAAAUUCCGGAUUACACAAACACAUAUCGCUCCAAACGGCAUUCUAGAAAAUCUGCUUUGUACAUUGGGUGUUUUUAUAAUGAUCCUUGCAAAUGUAAGCUAUGUAUCUAUUAACAGUUACAUUCCUGGCAACGAUGAAGUAACCAAUGUGGUAAAUUUUGUUUUUUGUACCGAUGCAGCAUUUUACAUUGUAUAUAGUCUAUUACUAUACGCCAUGAACAUAAUCCAAACAGAAAAAUAUGUGCAACUCAUUAUUAAAAUGCAGAAUGCUUAUAGAAUACUCCAUACUAAAAAUGGUUUGAAAAGAUUUCAAAAGAGCAACUGGAUCUUUGUUGUUGGUGUAUUCCUUUUCUAUUUCUCAUACAAUUUAAGUUAUACAGUCUUUAACAUAUACCGAGUAGAGCAUCUUUUUUAUGACUUAGUUUUAUUCUACUUUGACGUGAAUGUUAUUGUCACUAUACGGAUAGUAAUGUUUUUGGAAUAUGAGCUAAUACUUUGGAAAAAUGAAUUGAAUGAAUUUCUGAAAACUUGUUCGACGACGAACCACAAACAGCUUGUCAAAUACUUAGCGGAUGUCAGUUAUAAAGAAAGAGGACUUUUGAGCGCUUAUUCAGACAUCAUUGGAGCUUUUAAGCUAUGCCCCAGUGUUUUCGGGAUGUCGAUAUUGUUGCUGUUGGUGGAAGGUUUUGGACAUCCUCUACUCUACAUCCAAUUAUUCAUAGAUAUCGGCGAAACCCAUGCAGAGAAUGCCCAGUUUCAGACUGUCUCUUUCAUUAGUCUGCUGGUAACUUUUAUAUGGACAUUGAAGACCGUGUCGCUAUUUUGCUGUCUGAGCGUGGUGUGUCAAAGGUUCUACUUGGCUGUAGUUGAUGUGGAGACUACCUGCGCGGUCGUACGCUGCGAUGAGGGGUGCCUUGGUAAGUCAGACAGCACCGAAGAACCCUAG